UAAUUGCAAACAACUUGAUUUGAUAUUUGUUUAUAUUGAAUUAAUGUGUGUUAUUAAGCUUAAAAAUGGCACAAUCAAGUUCCAUGAAGCUGCUGGGUGCACGCAACAUGAGUUGCACUGUGGAGCGCAUGGAAUGGAACAAUAAAAUGGACUUAAUUGCAUAUGGCACUGAAAAAGGUGAGGUAAUAAUACAGCGCCUAAAUUGGCAAAAGAUAGUGACAUUUCCAACGCCUGGCGAGGAUGUGCGCGUGCGUUCGCUUAGCUGGCAAAUGGACGAAACGCUGCUGGCUGUAGGCUACAGCAAUGGCAAGGUGGCGCUGCUGGAUGCCGAGAGCGAAACUAUUAUCUCGGGUCUAAUCUACGAGGAUGAUAUAAAGAAGGUCUACUUUAGCAAGGCAAUUAACAAUCAGGAGACUCUAGAGAGCUACAGCUGCAAUGCCAAAGAUAAACACAAACGUUACUUGCCCAAAUUGCCACCGCUUACAAACAUAGAUCCUUGCCUCAAGACACUCGAUCAGAAAAGCUUUCCCAAGGGCUCGCCCUGCUUUCUGGUCGUCAUCAUGCGCAGUGGCAAGGUACAUUUGUUGCUUCUAGGCGCGCUUCAGGCGGGCAGCAUUGAUCUCAGUCAGCACAUUAUGCAUCCGGAAAACUUCGAUGUGUACGAUGUGCGUCUAAAUGGCGACUUUAAUGCCAUAUAUGCUCUGCUACGUGAUGGACAGGAUUUGAGGCUGCUGCACUUUCACAAUCAGGUGUUGCAGGACAGCAUGUCACCUAUGCUGGAGCUUGCCUCCCACUGUGCGCAUAUACUGGAGACCAAAAAUUACAUAAACGACACACAGCAAUGCCUGAUUGAAGCCUGGGAAACUGUGCAGCUGGAAAUGGACAACAAGCUGACCAAAUAUGCGAACUCACAAGCCUAUGGCAUGAUAUCUGCGCAUUUUAUAGAGCUGCUCGUCUUUGGGUUUGCGACGCUGGAGGUCGAGGAAUUUUUGUUCGAAACGCUGACUGAAAAAGGCUUUAAGAAAAUUGCCAACUCGGUGGAUCUCAGCCUUAACAAUCUACAAGGAUUGGUCUUUAAGCAAUUAAAUGGCGCUGCUGUCAAUAUGUUCUAUUUUCUGAAUACCAUUGCUGGCUUUGGACGCAUGUCGCACUUCUUUGAUGACUUGAUUUCGCCGGACGUGGCCACCGAAGCAAUGCGCGCCUGCGGUGCCUUUCUGCUCAAGGUGCACGAACUGCAGCGCACCAUAGACAAGCUCGUCUUUGAUAUGAAACUCUUCCAUUCCUGGAUGAUCUUCACUAUACUGCGGCUAUCGCAUCAGGAUAUACCCGAUGAUAUGUAUUUCACCGAAAAGGAGAAUAUAGCACUGGCUGAGUUCUUUUGUGAAAUGGAACCCGAACUGCCCGACCACUUUGAUGGUGACAGAGAUAUGGGCGGAGAUAUGUGCAUUAAUCUGGAUGAUUUAUCGGGUGAUACUAGUCUGCAUGCCACACUCAAUACGCGCAGUAAAUUCAACUUGGAGCGCGUGGGGCAAUAUUUGGAGAAUAACUAUCUGCACCAGCUACCAAUAGUGGAUCUAGAGCAGCUCUGGGAGCGCAUGCUCUCGGAGAACGAGUGUUUGGCGGAGUGUACGCUGUUUGUGCCGCACGACAAGAAGUUGUCGCUGAUAAUGCAGCGCGACAAGAUGUUCAAUGCCAUUGAUGCAGUGUUCCACAAGCCAACAGAGAGCAUUAGCGCCAGCUUUAACCUCACCACAUCUGUACUAUGCGGCGAGCUGCAGCUUUAUGACAUAGAUCCGGAUCAAGAUUUUAUCAACUGCACUUACUAUGUGCAUGAGGCGCAAAAGUGUGACAUGCUGGCGGUGACCAUUGGUUGGCAAGAGGCUAUGAUUUUGGAGUUUAGUCGCGAUAUCGACUGUCAGCUGCGCUGUACGCGCGUUCAACUGCAGGCGGGUCCGUUUACUCCUCAGCUGCAUGAGGAUUACUAUAAUCUGCGGUUUGUCGACUUACAAUUUUACAAUGAGUCUGCGUUGUCGCUGCUGCUGCAGACGGCGAAUAUUAUGCCGGGCCAGCGGCCACGAAGCUACUUUGUACAGUUCUCACUGAGCGCAGCGCGCAAUCAUUGCACACAGCAUCUGCUGCAGCCGCACAUGAAGCUGGCGGAUUCAACAGUUACACACAGCAUUCACGAUCUGCCCGAUGCGGCCAGCUUUAAGAGUCUAGAUGGCGUAUGCGAAAUGCUGGCUGUGUCCGGCAGUCGCAAGGUGGCCACAGUGCUAUCGGAUCGCAAGCGCAAGAUGACUAUAUUCGAGAUGGAAAUCGAGGAGGAGGAGGACGAUACCGAAAUCUCACAGACUUCAUUUUUGGACAUAAGCAAAGAGUCGGCGCUGGCCACCAGUCCCAAGGCGGAAGCGUAAUGCGAUUUGGCAUAACUCCAUUGUUACUGUUUGUUCUAAGCAAACUUUUAUUUAAAAUACAUUUAUUUACAACAGCAAAAAAAAAAAGAAGAAGCGUUUUACGUACCCAAGUUUCUCUUUAAUCCACCUUUUAAAUUAAAUACAAUUUGAGCCACAGCAAAAUUAAAUUAAAGCUGCAAAAGUUACUACUACUUGAAGUAUACAAGUUUAAAAUUGGAAUUUUAUAUGUCUAGGGAUGCCUAUCCAGCCA